AUGCACUUCUAUAUAUCAUGCAUCAUCAACAACAUUGGCAGUCGCAACAUGUUGAGCAGUAUUAAAAAUUUUAUUGGCGAGGAAAAAGAUGAUGAUAAUGUCGGCAAAGAUGAUGGCGAUGAGGAAGAAAAAGAUGGAGCCGGAAGUGACGUCACAAGGACGCCCAAGCGGCCACGCUUGAAUAAAGAUGACGAGGCAAAUGAUAAAUAUGAAAAAUGCUAUGGAAGUUAUUGGCCGCUGUUCAUCCCAAUCAUUCAAAGGUCAGAGUUUUUUUGUUUGAACAUUUACGUCACUGGUGGCGGUAAAAUAUUUUUCAAAGUUGCUGAUGCUGUUAUCAACAACAAUAAGGGAAAUGAUGAGAGUAAUGAGGAUAAGUUGUUGAUAAUGCUGCUGAUGAGAAACAAACUCAUACGAAAUUACACACACGGAAACACGAAGGGAGGAAGAUUUCAAAUAGUCUUUCACAUCUCAAGAGAUCCGACAGCAUCAGGCACACAUGCACAGGCAAACACAAGCAAACAUUAA